GGUACUCAGGAUGGUCAAUUGUAAUUAUGAUAAUGCCAUCGAUAUUCUCACGGUCAUGUUGACAUUAUUGUACCUAUAUACUAUCCCGCGGAGUCUUGACGCUGUCGCGCGCCAAGCACACGUGAUGGGAAACGGACGCCGGCAGCGUCCCUUCCGUAGCUCGGGUUAGGACCGCCACAUGCAGAAUCAAUGUUGUUUGUUGCUGCUGCUGCUCAGGGCUGCCGGCUUGCCGGCGGCUGCGGACAAGGUCGUCGACCUCAAUGACUACCCUUGGUAUCUCGUGACGUCGGAGCGCGCAAACGCUGGUGCAUUCGCCUCGCGCGAGGUGCUGCCCAUGUCGAGUCUAACCGUAAAGGAACGGUGGUGCGACUUGCACCUCAAACGAUUGCAGGCGGAUCCGAACGCCAAACCCAAGGGCGGCUGGUCUCGCGUCUGCGCCGCGCCGGCGUCGAACGCGUCGCGCUGGACACAGUGGCGCGCGGACAACGCCUGGAGCGGCUGCGCCGCAAAGCAAUUCGUCGCCGGGAUUCCUGGCGGAUCCGUCCUGCUGCAUCACGCGGGCGCCGGUGGCGUGCUCGUUACCGGCGGCAAAAAAUCGUACCCAGUACACCUUGGCUCCGCGCAAAAGCACGGGAGCGCGUCCACUAUCAUCGACGGUCACGUGGCCCACGCCUUCGGUGUAUAUCCGCGGGAGGUCGCGCAUAGCAUCAACCAGUUCCCACGAUUGCUACGGGUGGCGCGGAACGUCCCGGCGAAUCGUACGACGCUCCUCGUGCACGACACGCGGCUCUGGCGCGAAUGGGUCGGGCUGCUGCGACGCCGGAGAUUAAUUCCUGACACGCUCAGAAUUCGAUACGUACCCGUGCACAGGGCAGGCACGACGAUGUUCCGACCGAAAAACCCGGCCGACAGGCUAUACUUUGCGGGCGAGGCGGUCCCCGUCUUUCCCGGCGGCGCGCGACGUUCAGGUGGCUGGUACACGAUCGAGGAAGAAACGUGCUCGUUUCAGCUCGCGCUGAACCGGAGUUACGUGGGCCGCCUCCUCGCCGCGUGCCCCGACCCCGCCGAGGCGGCGCACGUCCGCGAGCCGCCAGUCCGGCUUGGUAACGCGACCGCGAACGGGAGCUGCGUCGUCGAGGUACUCGUGGUAUCACGGCAAGACGCUCGGUCGCGCGCCGUCCGGAACCACGACCAGCUUCUGGAAACCGUCUCGGCGAGCCUAGGUCGCGCGCUGCCGGCCUGCGCCGUCCGACUCCGCGUCUUUGUUGGCAGGGACCACAGCCUGACCUCGGCAGCCGCCGUCUGGCACCGCGCGCACGUCGUCGUCGCUCCGCACGGGGCCGCGCUUGCGAACAUCAUCUUCGUUCAGCCGGGAACGCUGGUCGUGGAGCUCGGCUACUACUCUGCCGCCUCCUCAACACGGCCGUAUGCGUCCACCGUCGAGGGUCUAGGGAUGCCUUGGCCCGCACCCUACUACUGGGCCGCCGCCGCUUCCGCCGAGGCCACGCUCUUUGCGUCGAUGGCGAUUGGCUCGUACUCGGGUCCUAUGACCGCGAACCUUGAGGACGUUGCGACCCUUAUGGCAGACCAGAUCGCACCGCGGCUCCGACGGCGACCUGACCUCACGGGCCGGCAUCUUCGGCCACCGUGGGUGACGGCGGUCUGCCCGCCCGCGCGAGACGGCGUGGUACCGGCUUAAAUAUCAGGUGAGCCUGGUGCCUAGUGGUAGCGGCCCGGGCACGGGGGCGGGAGCCUGGUUUGAGAUUCGAAUUCCCGAGCACUUUCCCGGGGUGAAUAUGAUGAGAGGUUACGAUGGAGAGGGAGUCGAACGUUUCGUCACCUUAAACACUG